AUGAGUCGUGUUAAAAAGAAAAGAAAAGUGAGUGGGAAAGACACACUCGAGUCGAGCGGGAGUCAAAGCUGGAAGUCCAAAGUUUCUGGAAAUCAAACUAGUAGUGUGGGUGUGGAACAGGACAAGGGGGUUUCUGUGAAGGACUAUUUGGUGGACAAACUGAGGCCUGGUGAUGAAGACGGGGCUCUCUCUGAAGUGAUAUCAGAGACUCUGCACAAGAAGGAACUGCCCCCAGUGGAAGUUACUGAAGAAGGUGUGAGAAAGGUGGUUUCUGAUGCUGUGCAUAAGAGAGAGGAUAAUCCUGAGAGAAGAAUGGAACAUCAAAGAAUACUGGGAAAGGUAACUGAGUCAGAGGAAGUGAAGAGAAGGUUAGGAGGUGAAAGUGUGGUGACAGAGAAAAAGUACCAAGAGAUGUAUGUGAAUAGUCCGGGGAAAGGUGUGGUUGAUAAGUUUAAAGGUAUGGUUGGGACAUGGUUUACCAACCCAGCAGAGAAUCAAUCUUCACAAGAUUCAUCUAUGAAUUAUGAGGCAGGAAGGGCAGAAGUGGAACAAGUUAACCAAGGUGCAGCAGGUGAAAGAAGGCAGCAGGAGUCAUCUAAUUGAAGAAGUGCUUUGAAGGAGUCUUUGCUUUGGGUGAUUGUGUAGAUUUUCUUAAAAGCUGUUUCAAUAUCUGUGUGUCUAGUUCUUUGUUGGAAGAAAGUUAGGAUGUUCAAGUCACAGUAAACUAAAAAUUUGUGUUUUUUUUUAAUGUUUAUGUAAAUAU